AGGAAGUUAGAAUGCCAAGAUUUUAAUUUACUUUUCACAAUAACCCUCAUUUUUGGGCAUUGGCAGGUUCCAUUCUUCUCAGAGAUGGAUGAUCAGUUACUUGAUGCAAUAUGCGAGCGUCUGGUCUCCUCACUGAGCACUGAAGGUACCUACAUUGUUCGCGAGGGUGACCCCGUCACAGAGAUGCUUUUUAUUAUCCGGGGGAGACUAGAAAGUUCUACUACAAAUGGAGGUCGGACUGGGUUCUUCAAUUCCAUUACAUUGAGACCUGGAGAUUUUUGUGGGGAAGAGCUACUUGCCUGGGCUUUGCUUCCAAAAUCAACUCAGAACUUGCCUUCUUCAACUAGGACUGUUAGAACACUCGCUGAAGUUGAAGCAUUUGCAUUGCAAGCUGAAGAUCUCAAGUUUGUAGCCAACCAAUUUAGGCGCCUCCACAGUAAGAAGCUACAGCAUACAUUCCGUUUCUAUUCCCACCAUUGGAGGACGUGGGCGGCCUGCUUUAUUCAGGCGGCUUGGCGGCGCUACAAGAGGAGGAUGAUGGCAAGAGAUCUCACUUCGAUGGAGUCAUUUGCUUUGGAUGAGAGAGCAGUUGGUGAGACUAGCCAGGAGCAGCAGGAUGGUUCGAAUCCUUCUGAGCCAAAACCAAACAUGGGGGUCACAAUAUUGGCUUCAAGGUUUGCUGCAAACACUAGAAGAGGAGUUCAGAAGAUUAAAGGUGUGAGCCUGCCUCAGUUACAGAAACCUGAAGAGCCUGACUUCUCUGCUGAGCCAGAUGAAUAGUUGCUAUUUUGUAUCACCUAGAGGUAUAUACAGCAACUACACAUUUCACUGCAAAGAGAAGAUGACUCAGAUAUGCACUCCAAAAACUGUUCCAAAUGGGGCCUGAAAUCCACAUUGUCCACGUCCCUAAUCCUAUGCAUCUUCUGCCAAUUGGAGACAGAGAUUGUAUUGUAUUAAGAGAAGGGGAAGGGAAAGCUGAGUCUUCCUUUUUGUAUGUGUAAUUUAUAACAUUGUAGUAAUGUUGUUAUUUUGUACUAUAUCACUAUAUCUUCUUUGGUUGUACGACUAGGAGCUUUAGAAUCAACUCUCAGUUGAUGAUCUAUUAGCCAGUUCAACUGCUGUGGACCCUAUGAUUUGCAAGUAAAAUGAUUUCUCAAAUUUGCCUA